UCAUUCAAGAAGGAAAAAACAAACGAGGAUAUACAUUAAUUACUGACAAUGGAUAAUCAGCAAUUACAUAAUUAUUUGGAUUUUUCUUUUUUAAGUUUUCUUUUUUAAGUAACUAUUUUAAAAGAUCCUACGAAGUUAAUAUUUUCAAGAACGGUUAUGUAAUUUAAGUAGUGUGUAAAUAUUAAAAUUAAAAAAAAACAGCCGAAUAUAUUUGAACAGUGUAAAGGAUUUGUGUCAGUACGGAAUUAAAAUGGCUAGAAGAAGCAAAACAGAGUGUGAUAAAACAGAUUUUGAUAACAACUCUGUUGAAAGCCACACCGAUUUAUUAAGGAAGAAAUGUGUUCAGUUUGAUGAGUGUAUUGACCAGUUGUAUACACAAGCUAACGGAAUCAUAAUAGGCAGCACCAAGGAUGUGAACUUAAAGCCACUCUGUAGUUUCCUUGCAAGAUCUUCUAACACGUCUGACAACUGUAAAAAAGAUGAUAAAAUUGAGAUUAACAAGUUCUUGAAUCACCGCAUGACAUCAAACAAUACAUUUAAGUUGUGUUGGGAAGGAAGAGCUAAAACACCGUUUGAUAAUGUGUGUAGUGAUGUUCAAGCUUCAAGCAUCGUGUGUAAAGUUAACAGCACACAAAGAAUAGCGCGAGAAUUUGUGAAUCAAGAGUUAAGAAAUCUGGAAUGUGGCUGCAGACAACUGAAUGAAAUACAAAAAGGUGGACUGCCAAAGUCAGUUUUGAUUGGUGUUGGUAUUGGCGGAUUUCUGAUUCUGGUCAUCAUUUGUCUCGUCAGUUAUAUCUGCUGCAAGAGGAACAAAUCGAAAAAAAAAAAGCGGCAGACCAUGCCGAAUGUGAUUUACGUGUCCAACAAAGAGGACCCGGUCUAUCAUGAAAUUCGUGACGACAAGAUUCCACCAAAACUGCCAUCGAGAAAUGAAGACAUGUUACCUGGCAUGAAAAUUAACUGUCAACAAAUGGAGGAACAUACCUAUUUAGAUCCCGUUAUUAAAGGGAUGCAAUACAGAGUAAGUCGAUCGAUGAUGAGAGAAACCUCUAACCCCGGUAUGGACAGCCCGCCAUCUUACAGCCAGAGCGAGAGGGACGCUGUAGAAAAUGGCGACAGCGGAUACUUUGUGCCGCUCCCCGAUACGAUAGAUGAUCAAGGAAGGCAACUCACGGCACCUGUUCCUGCGAAGAGAACAAAAAUACCUGAGUCACCUUAUUUUACGCUCGAAGAAGGAAAUAAUUAAUUGUUUCUCUUCACCUGACACGAUAUCAGCGAAAUAUUAUUACAAACGUUUACAUGUGAAAAGCCUUUUUUUUUUUUUUUAAAAAAAGUUGUUGGUUAAUUUUUUUGUACAUUCCUUCAGGGGUCGUCUAUGUAUAAAGGCCAUAAGGAGUGUCUGAGUUUUGUGAUUAUGUCAGACUAUGUGUAGCAAAACUUGAGAGUGGGGGGUGGGAUAUAAAGUGUGUUGGCAUACACUCUUUUAAAAGAAAAAAAUCUGAAACUUGAUUUUAGCAGUUCUUUUUAUAUUUCAUGAAGAUGUUUUUGUAAAUUGUAAAGUACAUUUAUGGAUGUGCCAAAUCUCGACCGGCAUUUUAAACAUUAAGUAAUGAAAUAUUUUCAACGGUUAAUAAAAAAUACGAGAAACUUUACACAAAUUAAUGAUUAUUUCCCUUUACUGGAGCUCUGAGUUUUACCAAAGUUCCCCUGCUCUCAUUCCAUCCCGGCUCCAGCAAGAAUAAGCUGUCCCACAGCUCCUAGCUCCGCUCCACAUCUAUCAGAUAUAGCAAAGGGUGAAACUUUUCUUAAAAUUUCAAAACUCAGUUAAAGAUUAGUAAAUGCAAUUAAAAUAAACACAAAUCUUGCGUCACAUUUUUUAUAAUAAUUUCAAUUGAAAUUUUACUUUAAGCAUUGAAAAUAACUAUAGAAACUAUAUAAUUAAACAUUUUCAUUUAGAAAGACUUGGGAUGAAUAUCGAUACUGUACACAUGACAAAGUAUACACAAAAUUUCUAUUUAUCUUGUAGUACAUUAUUUCAUCAAACUUUUAUAAUUCAGAUGCUCUUAUACAUAAUUAUGCACACAAAGUAAACUUGGGGUACGCUAUCGGCAAUAAAAGAACAUCGGACAGAAAGGCAAUAAUAAAUAUCUGGCCGACCGAUUCAAGCCGGAAAAAGAUACGCAAAAAAAGAAAUAAGCUCUAAAAGUUUUUUUUAAGAUCAAAGCUUAACCCCCCCCCCCAGAGGCGUAGCGACCCUUCCCGGCGCCCGGGGACAUACUUUCAAUUUGGCGCCCCCUUGGGAGCAAAUUUUCGA